GGGAACGCGUCUCUCGGUGCGCUGGUCCGGUACUUCCUUUGUCUCCCCUCCUCUGUUUCCCCCUCCUCUCUCGCCAGGCCUCUACGCGGACGGGUUCGUGCCGGGCCGGACUUCGGCUAUGGCAAACCGGACAGUGAAGGACGCGCACAGCAUCCACGGCACUAACCCUCAAUACCUGGUGGAGAAAAUCAUCCGCACUCGCAUCUAUGAAUCCAAGUAUUGGAAGGAGGAGUGCUUCGGCCUCACAGCUGAACUGGUGGUGGAUAAAGCCAUGGAACUGAGAUACACUGGUGGAGUUUAUGGAGGAAAUAUCAAGCCUACACCAUUCUUGUGCUUGACUUUGAAGAUGCUGCAGAUACAGCCUGAAAAGGAUAUCAUUGUUGAAUUUAUAAAGAACGAAGAUUUCAAGUAUGUAAGAUUGCUGGGUGCAUUGUACAUGAGACUGACUGGCACUGCUAUAGAUUGCUACAAAUACCUAGAACCUUUGUACAAUGAUUAUCGAAAAAUAAAAAGCCAAAAUAGAAAUGGGGAGUUUGAACUAAUGCACGUGGAUGAGUUUAUUGAUCAACUGCUCCAUGAUGAGCGAGUUUGUGAUGUCAUUUUACCUAGACUACAGAAACGAUAUGUCCUAGAAGAGGCUGAACAACUGGAACCACGAAUUAGCGCUUUGGAAGAAGAUAUGGAUGAUGUGGAGUCCAGUGAGGAGGAGGAAGAGGAGGAUGAAAAGAUGGAGCGAGUUCCCUCACCUGAUCACAGGAGAAGAGGCUACAGGGAUCUAGACAAACCCCGCAGAUCUCCAACUCUGCGUUACAGAAGAAGCCGAAGCAGAUCUCCUAGAAGGAGAAGCCGAUCCCCGAAGAGGAGAAGUCCAUCACCACGUCGGGAAAGGCAUCGCAGCAAGAGCCCAAGGCGACACCGAAGUAGAUCUAGGGAAAGACGCCACAGAUCAAGAUCUAAAUCUCCAGCAGGGCAUCAUCGUAGCCAUAGACAUCGAAGUCAUUCCAAGUCCCCAGAAAGAUCUAAAAAGAGCCAUAAGAAGAGUCGUCGGGGAAAUGAAUGAACCUAGAGAGUUCAAGAAUCUGAGCCACCACUUCUUUUCUUGUAGAUAUCAGGCAUCAGGAUGGGUAGAAGCUGCUGUGACAGCUAAUCAUUUUUGUAUUCACAACGUUUUCUUUGACAACAUAAUAUUCUUUGUUUAACUUGAGGGGACAUUCAUUCAGUGUAUGUUCAUAUGUUUUUUCCCUAAAUGUUGUGUAAAAAAUUCUUUUGACAGCCCGUACUUGCUUAAAACUAUAUAAGAGCAAGGCACAAUGAAUUGUUUAAAUUCAUUGUGAAACCUAUUAUGAAACUCUUGCUUUUGGAGUAUUUGUAUAACAAUUUUUAUGUAACUCAUAAUUUUAUCAGCCAACAAGCUGUUCAAAAAUGUACAUAAUUCUGUAGAGAAUUACCUCAGGUGUGGGGCAAGCAGGAAAGUACUAUUGUAACUUCAUUAAAAUCUUUGAUAAACAAGCUGCAGAACAAAUGUGCUGUGUAACUAAUUAUUAUUCAAGGAUGCUUCAACAAGUACUGAUGAGCUUAAUUUUCAAAAGGUUGGAAUGCAGUGUUGUGAUUUAAGAUACUUGCACCUUUCUUUCUCCCAAUAGUAUAACCCUGUAUGUCUAGACAACACCUCCGGGCAAUCUUCCCCCAUCCCCUAACCAAGAAUUAAAUGAAAAUGAUGGCACAAUAGAGGGGUUAACCCAGAGGUGGCAUGAAAGGGGGCAAAGCAGCCAUAAUAGUGUGAAAACAGUGUCUAUGAAUUCCAGGAGCCUUUGCAAGUGCAAUCCCAGGAGCCUUUGCACUGAUCCUUUAGGCCGGUGACCAGUUGGAGUUUGAGCAAGGAGGUUUGGAACGAGUGAUUGUGGUGUUUGCAGGUUUUUCAAUUGUGUUCCCAAUAUAUGCGAUUUCACUUAAAUGCUCAGUGCUCUGGAACAUAACCCUCGCGUAAAUGGGGAGUUGUCCGAACACUUAUUUUUUUUUGUUGGGGACCAUGUUCCUUUGGGCACAGAUGCUGGGCAAGGAAUGACUAGUAAUCUAAUUGCACAGGAAUUUCAAAGGGGAAAUAUAUGAGUUUCACAAGCAUGAGGCUUCCUUUCUUUUUUGGAUAAAUGCUCACCAACACUAUAUGAAGACUUGUAAAACUUUGUGAAGUUUAUAUAUUUAGAUGCCAAUUAUAUGGAGUCCAAGAUACUAUUUCACCGUAGUCU